CCCGCGGCCCCGGCCCGCCGCCAUGGCGCUGCGCUUCGCGGCCAACGUCUCGUGGCUGUUCGCCGAGCUCCCGGCGCUCCCGGCCCGCCUGGAGGCCGCGGCCCGCUCCGGCUUCGCGGCGGCGGAGGCGGCCUGGCCCGAGGGCUGCCCGGCCCCCGCCCUGCGCGCCGCCGCCGAGCGGGCGGGGCUGCGGAUCGUGCUGCUCAACGCCCCGCCCGGGGACCGGGAGCGGGGCGAGAUGGGGCUGGGCGCCGUGCCCGGCCGGCAGGACGCCUUCCGACAGGGCCUGGCCGCCGCCGUGCAGUACGCCAGGGAGGUGGGCUGCCCCAGGAUCCACCUGAUGGCCGGGCGGGUUCCUCAGGGUGCCGACCGUGCAGCAGUGGCAGAUGAGAUGGAGGCCACCUUCAUUGAGAACCUCAGAUACGCCGCUGACAUCCUGGCCCAGGAGGACAUGAUCGGACUGGUGGAGCCUAUUAACAGCCGCAUCACUGACCCUCGCUACUUCCUGAACACCCCGCAGCAAGCUGCUGCCAUCCUGGAGAAGGUGGGACGGCCCAACCUGAAGCUGCAGCUGGACAUCUUUCACUGCCAGAUCAUGGAUGGGAACUUGUCCCGCAACCUGGAGACGUACUUCCCGCUCAUUGGUCAUAUCCAGAUUGCACAGGUGCCAGGGCGGCAUGAGCCCGACAGCCCUGGGGAGCUGAAUUUCCCCUACAUCUUUGAGCUCCUGGAGUCCCUCGGCUACACCGGCUACGUGGGGUGUGAGUAUGCUCCAAAAGGAGACACGGUGGAAGGUCUGGGCUGGCUGCGCUCGUACUGGGAGAGCCGCGGUUUGCAGCCUGGUGGGACCAGAAAGGCAACAGACUAAAGCAAGGAAAUCACUGGAAUAAAAAGUCAAACCAAUGGCCUAA